AUGGAUUCAGAGUUUUCUUGGCUUAGCGGGUUAUUACCGCAGGGUGGUAAGGUAGUGGCUUAUGGAACUAGACAGUUAAAGAUUCAUGAGCUUAACUUUCCCACCUAUGACUUAGAGUUAACAGCAGUUGUUUUUGCUUUGAAAAGCUGGAGGCAUUAUUUGUAUGGUGAGAGAUUCGAGUAUCAUCCGAGUAAGACGAAUGUGGUAACAGAUGCCUUAAGCCGGAAGUCUCGUGGAGUUUUGGCUGGGUUAGCCAUUCGGAAAUGGAAGAUGUUGGAGGAUCUAGCAGAGAUGGGAUUACAGUGUUAUGAUGACAGUGUUGGUUAUGAGUCAGCUUUUCUGUUUAGUCUUGUGGUUCAACCUACUCUUGUUACAUGGGUGAUUGAGGCACAGAGACAGGACUCAGAUUUAGCUGCCAUUCAUCAGUUGAUUUCAAGUGGGGACACAGUAAAGGACUGGACCUUACACACGGAUGGUGGUUUAUGGUUUAGAGGUUUGCUUGUGGUUCUUACGGUAAAGGCAGAGUAUCAGAGACCUGCAGGUUUGUUGCAACCAUUGCCAGUAGCACAGUUGAAAUGGGAAUGUAUUGCUAUGGAUUUUGUGACAAGACUUCCGAGGUCACCGAGGGGUAAUGAGUCUAUUUGGGUCAUUAUUAAUAGAUUGACUAAGACCGCUCACUUUUUGCCUGUUAAGGCGACAGAUUCUGUUGAGGCACUUGGCAGAUUGUAUGUCAGAGAGAUUGUUAGAUUGCAUUGGGUUCCAUUGUCUAUUGUUUCGGACAGGGAUGCCAAGUUCAUAUCGAAGUUCUGGGAAGGGCUUCAUGCAGCUUGGGAGGAUCAUUUACCUUUUGUUGAGUUUGCCUAUAACAAUAGCUAUCAGUUGAGCAUUGAGAUGGCUCAUUUUGAGGCAUUGUAUGGUAGGCCUUGUCGUUCUCCUAUUUGUUGGACUGAGGUGGGUGAGAUAGCUGCCUUAGGGUCAGACAUUGUCUUGGAAACCACUGAAAAGAUUAAGUUGAUUCGGCAGCGAUUGUUGACUGCUCAGAGCCGACAAAAAAGUUACGCAGAUAGACGGAAACAGCCAUUAUCCUUUGAGGUGGGAGACCACGUGUUUCUCAAGGUUUCUCCACGAAAAGGAUUGCUACGGUUUGGAAAGAGUGGCAAGUUGUCACCUCGUUUCAUUGGGCCAUUUGAGAUUUUGGACCGAGUGGGCGAGGUUGCUUACAGAUUGGCAUUACCACCACUGAUGGACAGGGUCCAUAAUGUGUUUCAUGUUUCGAUGUUGCGGAAGUAUGAGCUGGAUCCAUCACAUGUAUUGAGUUGGGUUGAUGUUGACAUUGAUGAGGAUGUUUCUUAUGAGGAGGGACCCAUUCAGAUUCUUGACACUCGGAACAAAGUGUUAAGGGGUAAAACGGUGACUCUCGUGAAGGUUUUGUGGCGACAUCACGGUAUUGAGGAGGCUACGUGGGAACGGGAACAGGAUGUUCGUUCUGCGUAUCCGAGUUUGUUUUCUUCCCCAGCUACGACUUGA